AUGCCGCAUGUCUCUGCCCGAACACUCAGGAUGGCCCAGAGUGGGUGUCCUACAAAUCUGUCUGCAGACAAGACUAUCUCUUCGAGUGUCACUCGAGUAAUAGUGAAGACACCAGGCAAGCAGCAAGACUUUACGGUAGCUGAUGACACCUCGAUGAGGCAGUUCAAGGAGAAGCUAUCGGCUCAUUUCGAUUGCCAAAUGGACCAGUUAGUGUUGGUCUUCAUGGGUCGCCUUCUCAGAGACCAUGACACACUGAGACAGAGGGGCAUCCUGGAUGGCCACACCAUCCACUUGGUCAUCAAAUCCAAGCAUGGCUCCCAACCCCUAGCUCAUUCCUCCCAGAACCUGCCAAUCAAUGAGCCCUGCCACUGGAACGGAAGCACCAAAGGAAACAGCAGUGAGGUGCAUCAGCCUGCUGGCAUUAAUCAAGCCCCAGUGGAAUCACCCCUCUUUGUGGAGCCUGAGAUGCCCAAGGUGAAUACCCAGAACCUGGAAGCUGGCAGUCCUGGGCACAUGGCACAGAUGUUGGACAAUCCCAGCAUCCAGCAGCUUCUGUCCAACACAGAUCUCAUGCGGCAGUUUAUCUCAGAACAUCCAGAGAUGCAACAACUCAUGCAGCAGAACCCAGAAGUUUCCCACAUCCUUGACAAUUCAGAGAUCCUAUGGCAGACUCUGGAGCUGGCCAGGAACAUUGCCAUAAUCCAAGAGAUAAUGCAGAUUCAACAAACUGCACAGAACCUUGAGCAUCCGCAGAACUCACAGCCACCUCUGGGCUUAGAGACAAUUCCAGGUAGAGACAAUGCCCUGGGUCAGAGCUAUGCUGAUUUCAAUGACCAAAUGACCAACAACUUACAAGAUACCUUUGGGGGCAACAUUUUCACAGCUCUCCUGUCAGGACAAGUGCCAGAACAAGUCCAGUCUUCACCUUCACCUCCACCACCGUCCCAGGAACGGCGGGACCAACUCCCACAGCUCCCUACAACCCGAGUUAUUUACACCAGUUCAUGUGGUUUAUCUGCAGCCAAUGCCACCCCCAGCAGGGUGAACCAUACUGCCAGGGUCAGUGCUGCUACUAUCUCCACCAAGGGCCGAAGCCACACGUGUGCCAUUCAGCAGCCAGUCGGGGUGCCAGCUCUACCCAGCAUAGAGCCCACUCAGCAGCACCAGGCAGAAGGCAAGGAUGACAUCUCUCUAAGUAAGUCUGACCAGAGACUGGAGGAUGAUCUGCAGCUGUCGGAUGAGCAGACCAGCUCCCAGAUUACAGGAAGCAUGACACAGCUGCUUAUGAACAACCCCUGCCUGGCAGCCCAAAUGAUGUUGUUCAUGAGUAUGCCCCAGCUGAGUGAACAAUGGAGGCAGCAGAUGCCCACAUUCCUGCUUCAGACACAGCUUUCUGACUUGCUGUUAUCCCUAGCCAACCCUAAAGCAUCACAGGCAAUACUGCAGAUUGAGCGGGGUCUCCAGCUGCUGGCCACAGAGGCUCCUGCUCUUCUGCCCUGGGUCGCACCCUACCUAUGGGGCCUGGGUUGGCUUCCUGACCCCAGCUGCAGCUACCCUGAUAUGACACCCUCGUCCUGGGAUGUGCCAGACACAGCUGACCCAAAAGGGCCUGAAGGCUGCCACAAAUCUGGAGCAGUCCUACAGAGGCUACAUUCCCUAGCUGAAGAACCCUCCCAAUCUCUACAAGCUCCUGAGAUUUGCUUCAGCAAGCAGAUGGAAUCUCUCCAGGCCAUGGGCUUUGGGAAUCAUCAUGCCAAUCUGCAGGCACUCAUUGACACCAAGGGAGACACCAGUGCUGCUAUCCGCAAGCUCAAGAGAUCCCAGAGAUUCUAA